GACAUACACAAUAUGCAGAGCAGUGUGCUGCAAGGACUAGAGUUGAGAACCACUGGUUUACACUAAGCCAGGAUUAAGCUGGUGUGCAUUUUGAGACAAAACUAUGACUCUGACAUAUUUUAAGAUCUGUCAAUGCAAGUUUUUUUGAGUUAAAACAGCUCAGUCAUGCAUGUUAGUCUGGGACUAGCUUAAGCCUUGUCUGUGAAACCGAGGGCUAAUGUUUUAGGGCAUUGAAAUUAGAUCCUUUUGUUCAUCUGUCUGUCGGUGUCUAUCUCCUCACAGAACUUAAAAGGUAUUGAUAUACUGACAGCAGGGAAAUUUUAUGUGAAUGUUAUGAAAGCAUAGCUCAAUUGAAACUGUUUAAAUAUCCAUGUAGUGAGAUUAAAAGUAGUGUUGAGAUGUGAGAAGAUGUGGUGUUAACAUUUUUGUUCUUAAUUUCCUUAGCAAAUUCAGUCAUGCCACGGAGAACUACUCCCCUUCAGGAUGCCACUAAUCACAUCCUUGCUGGAAGAGACAAGAGUUCAAUGUUAGAAAUUAAAUAUAUUAAUCCUGUUAAAGGUCGUGGUAUCUUCACUUUAGCUGUUUUCAAUCAAGGAGACUUUGUGGUGGAGUACAGAGGGGAGCUCAUUGAUGCAGCUGAAGCUGAACAUAGACGUAAACUGUACCACAAUGCAUGUUCGACCUUCAUGUUUGAGUUUAAAUGGAAGAGGAAGACAUGGUGUAUUGACGGAGCUCUUGAGGACGGUUCUUUUGGGCGUUUAGCAAACGAUGAAUUCAAGGCACCGAAUUGCAGAAUGAAGUUGAUCGAAGUAGAAGGGAAGCCACAUCUCUGCCUUUUUGCUCUGAAGGAAAUUACGGCAGGAACUGAAAUCACUUAUGACUAUGGUGGGAAAGAUUGGCCCUGGCGUAAAGAGAUUCCCCCUACUGUUACAAGCAUUUCUGUCCAAGAGUCUACUAAAGACAGUGUCCAAGACCAAAUCAUGUCAUCCACAGUCUUUAUUGAAGAGACCAGAGAGAGACCAGAACUCCAGUCCUGCAAUAUGACAUCAGGCUGUUCUGCUUCUGAGACACAGCUUAGUGGUGCAAGCUUCUCUUCUGGCCAACACUCCGUUGCAGUGCUUGGUGACCACACCCAUGACUUGGAACCCAAUGUUUUCUCUACAGAUUUAGUCAGAAACACUGAAUUGAGAGCAGAGUGUCAGACAUUCAGUCCCACACCAGACAGCCCUGAGCAUGAGGUGCACUGUGUCAGAGGUCAAUGUGGCACUUCUGAGAAACCAGGGAUUGGUGAAGUUGAUGUCCAGCCCCAGGAGGGCUCGCCCCCUGUGUCAUCAACAGACCCUGCCAGUGAGACUGAACCGAGAUCAGAGUGUCACGCAUCCAGAGCUGCGCUGAAUGACUCUGCUUGUGAGGUACACCAUGUCAGAGGUCAAUGUGGCACUUCUGAGAAAGAGGGGAUUGGUGAAGUUGAUGUCCAGCCCCAGGAGGGCUCGCCCCCUGUGUCAUCAACAGACCCUGCCAGUGAGACUGAACCGAGAUCAAAGUGUCACGCAUCCAGAGCUGCGCUGAAUGACUCUGCUUGUGAGUGUACAGUCCAUAAGCUGGUUUUUGAACUGGUGAGAAUUGACAAAUGCUGGAUAUGCCAUUCACCUUUGACAUCUAUCAAAUGGCACGGUGUAAGAUGCAAACAAUGUUCUGGUGUGUGGCAUAAAAUCUGCCUCCAGAAAUCCUCAGAAGACUGGGAUAUUUCAGAUGACGAUGUCUCAUCUGGUGACGAGUACAUCCCAGCAUCUGUAUCGGAUUCAGAAAGCUCAGGGACAGAGUUGAGUGUUGAGUUGCCUGGACCAUCCAAAAAGUCCCAUACCACUAAUUUGCCUGAUUUAGGUGUUACUUUCCCUGAACAAGACCAGACCAUAGAUAUAGAGGACAACUCAAGGGAUAUCUGUAAGAAUAUCCUGAUGGAUCUAGAAACUACUGGUGAUCUCCAAAGUGACCCAGAACCAGAAAGCUCAGAGUCAUACCUGCAGAAAACAAAAGAUGCGAGUAACGAAAAUGGUACUGUGGAUGUUCUUGGCCAAAGUAAAUCCCCAACCAAAUCAGCGAAAUUCAUUAAAAGCCAAGUCAAUUAUUGUUUUGUAUGUGAAAAACCUCAAACAAAAUUUGCACGUCAUCUCGAGAGGCAUGUCAAUGAAAAUGCUGAAAUCGCACAGGCGCUCCAGUUCCCCAAAUCAUCAAAGGACAGAAAGGUUCUUCUUGAGAAAUUCCGAAACCUUGGCAACUUCAAGCAUAACUCUACUGUUAAAACCACAGGGUCAGGCUGCCUUAAAGUGAAAAGGAGUUCCAAACAGAGCAGCAGCACUGAGACUUACGAUUACUGCUUGUACUGUAAGGGUAUGUUAUCCAGAGCCGAACUUUCUCGGCACAUGAAGAGAUGUGCUCUAAGACCUGAGAAUAAUACUGAAGAGGGACCCGAGUUUAGAGAGAGAGCCUUUGGUAUAGCAUCUGCUCAGUCUACAAUGUCCCAGCCAAUUUCAAGUGAACUUUGGUCCGUGUUGGGCAAAAUGCACAGGGAUGACGUGUCCACUGCAAUAAGGAAUGAUCAUUAUAUCAUGCAGUUUGCCCAGUCCCUCUUUAAUAAGCAUGGGAAUGACAGAUCAAAGCAUGAGUAUAUAAGACAGAAAGUACGGGAACUUGGGAGAUUACUUGUGACUUUGCGCCACACAACUAGAAUCCAUAACAUGGAAGAAGCGAUAAAACCAUGCAACUUCUUUAUUCUUACUAGUGCUGUCAAGAGAGUUUCAGGUUUUGAUCAUGAAAACAACACUUUCAAAGCCCCAAGUUUGGCCCUGAAAAUUGGGCAUUCUCUCAGAAAGAUAAGUGACCUCAUCAUGUGUCGUGUCCUCAUGGAAGAGGACCAAGAGGCGAUCGAUUCCAUCAGGAGGUUUCAUGCACUUCAUGAAACAAAGUGGUCUGAAUUAGUUUCCCAUUCUGCCUUAUCUAACCUGAGUGAGGCAAAAUACAACAAGAGCAGCAGGCUUCCACUGGCCAAAGACGUUCAGAAGCUACAGUUAUAUCUUGGUCAGCAAGUGGAAUUGGCUAAGGAGAAACUAGCCGAAGACCCAACAACAGGCACUUAUGCAGCACUAGCAAAGGUGACCCUCUGUCAAGUCAUUUUGUUUAAUAGGAGGAGGGAAGGUGAAGUGGCACGGAUGACUGUAAAAAAUUUUGAAGGUCGUGACAUGUCACAGCUAAACGAUGACAUAAGCACUGGGCUGACAGAAGUUGAGAAGAGACUUUGCAAACAAUUCGCCAGAGUAGAAUUGAGGGGGAAAAAAGGACGAAAGGUUGCUGUGAUCCUGACCCCUGAUAUGACUGCUAACCUGUCACUCCUCGUUAGUAAGCGGAAAGAGUGUGGAGUAACAGAAAACAACAAUUACCUGUUCGCUGUUCCUUGUAGUGAUGGUCACUACAGAGGGCAGUUUGGUAAAUAUGCAGAUGCUUGUGGAGCCGAAGACCCUCAAAACCUCAGAUCAACGUACCUUCGCAAACAGAUCGCCACAAUAAGCCAAGUCAUGAACUUAAAAGAUAAUGAACUGGACCAGCUGGCCGAUUUUCUCGGCCAUGACAUUAGGGUGCAUAGGGAGUACUAUCGACUGCCCCAGUCUACAAUUCAGCUGGCUAAGAUCUCAAAGCUGCUUAUGGCUAUGGAGAAGGGAAGUGUGAAGGAUAUUCAAGGAAAAUCUCUGGACGAAAUUGGUGAUGGCAUAGACGACGAUAUGGAUACAGGAUCACAACUACUCCUUAAUGUUUCCACAUUGCAAGACAAUGAAGAAAUGUUGGCUUCUGGGACUUUUGAAUCACCUCACCUCUCCGAGACUGCAGCUCAAGAUGACCAGGGGAACGCUGCCUGUGUAACUUCCAGAUCACCUCAUCUCCCCGACUCAGUCACUCAAGAUGACCAGGGGAACGCUGCCUGUGUAACUUCCGGAUCACCUCAUCUCCCCGACUCAGUUACUCAAGGUUUCCAUGUCAAAUCUAGGCGGUGUGUGAAGAGACCAUGGUCUGAGGAGGAGAUACGAGCUGUGAUGAAACAUAUGAGGCCUUUAAUUGAAAACGGUGUCACUGCCACCAGUGAGCAGUGUCUGAAGUGCAAGGAAAAGGAACAACCUAUCUUGGAGAAAAGAUCCAUUCAGAACAUUCGAGAUUUUGUUCGCAACAGGGGCUUGGUGUUUAAAAGACAUUCAAAUGCUAAGCGCUAAAUGCACUUUUGGAUCGCCUUAGCCUUUACCUUUCUAGUCAUGUUUUGCAAGUUGCUGUUCUAUGUUCAGAAAUGUUUUAGGUCACUUAAAGGUUAGUUCACCAUAAAAAGUAUAAUGAUGUCAUUUAAUGACUCGCCCUCAUGUCGUUCCAAGCACGUAAGUCCUCUGUUCAUCUUCUGAACACAGGUUAAGAUAUUUUAGAUUUAGUCCGCGAGUUUUCUGAUCUUCCAUUGAACAUGUGUGUACGGUAUACUGUCCUUGUCCAGAAAGGAAAUAAAGACAUCAUCAAAGUAGUCCAUGUGACA